UGUCGUAUUUUUGUAUAACACGAAAAGGUCCUUGAUAAGGUGGUACCAGUGGUCUUCUAACUGCGUCAACACGUAGAAAUAUGUGACUGCAAGUAUUCAAUUCUGGUGAUAAGAAUGUCUUUCUAUUUUUAGGUGUUCUUGGUGUGAUUGGUUUCAACUUAUUGAUGAAAUUGCUCAAGCGUUUCAUAAACGCCUGAGGGUUAGUGUUGAUACCCGGUUGGUUAGUCGAGAAAAAUUCUCCAGGCAAUUUCAAUGAUGUUCCAUAAAGUAGUUCGGCGCUACUGUAUCCAAUAAGUCCUGUUUAAUUGCAGUUCGCAUGCCAAGUGGAACUAAACCCAAGUUUUGCUACCAAUCUGCAGUAUUCCGGCAGUGAGUCAUCAGAGAUGCUUUUAAUUGUCGUAUUUGUCUUUCAACAGCUGCGUUUGAGGCUGCGUGAUAGCUAGUUGUUGAAAUGUGUUGAGAACCGAGAAAUUGCAUUGCUUCUUGCCAUAGAACACUUUGAAAACAACCUCCACGGUCACUGGUGAUGAUUGCAGCAAAGCGGAACGGCGCUAAAUACUACGAAAGGUUUGCAUUGGCCGUUCAGUGUACGCAAAGAUAGAUUGUCAAGCUAUGUGGUAAUUUGGCAAAGGCAAUUGAUAUGGAAAUACAGGUUGUUGAUUUUGAAGAUUGUUUUAGAAAAGGUGAAAAUGAAAGUGGCGAUACGGCUCUGACUGAGGCUGGGACGAAGUUAUGUGAAACAUUCUCCAAAGAUGGUUUUGCAUACAUCACUACCAGCGUGAUAACGAGAGAGGAAGUUUUGGAAGUUGACACUUUAUCCCAGAAAUUUUUCUCACUGCCGACAGAAAAGAAGAAGACUUUCAACAACGGACGCACUGGAUUAACCUACGUUCCAAUUGGAACGAGGAAAUCUCAUUCGAAAAGUGUGAAGAAACCAGAUUAUGUAGAAGGUCUGCAGCUUCCAUAUUUCAUCGAAGCCGAGUAUUGGCCUGAUUUACCUGGAUUCCGAGAAAAAAUACAGAAGUUUGAAGAAAAAUGUAAAGUUAUUGGAUUACAAGUUUUCAAGUCACUGGGCCUCGCUAUGAAGUUAAAGGAUAAAGAUAAAUUCCUCAAAUCUCAUCUUUCGGUUAAUUGUGAAAAGAAUCCGUCUAUACUGAAACUUCUCCAUUAUCCUCCUGUGAAUGAUGACGUCAUAUCGGAAGGAGUUCAAAUUAGGUUUCCUGAGCAUACUGAUUUUGGAUCUUUGACGUUUUUAUUCGGCGAUGAUUUGAGCGGACUGCAGAUAAAGAAUUCCGAGGGAGAGUACAAAAAUAUAUCUGAAGUUCCGAAUUCGAUUCUUGUCAACGUUGGUGAUGAACUGCAAUAUUGGACAGGUGGACGACUUAAAUCAACGAUGCAUCGUGUCGUUCGUUAUUCCUGAGGACAGAGAUAAAAGGUUACAAUCCAGAAGAUCGCUGGCCUUUUUCUUUCAAAUAGACAAAGAAGUCAUGUUGGAUAAAUUAGAAUUUGAAGACGGCAGCAUAUCAAUCACCGAUGUACCAAUGUCUUCAGACGAAUUUGUUGCAAAGCGCUUUAAAGAAACUUAUUAUUGACUCAAUCUGUAGAUUUAAUGAUUUAUUACGCAAUUGCUUGUUACUAUUAUAAAUGAUUGAUAAAACGUGUGUAAAAUGAGUGAUAAAAAUGCUUUACAUCAUGCUAUUUUGAUUGUUACACUCAAACGCCUCGAUUCAACAUCUUGUACAAUUUAUUACUGUUGUUUUGACUAAUUUAAAAAUAAGCGCUUAUAAUCUAAAUACAACAUCGAAACUAUCGUAGAAUUCCAAUGUUUAGCUAAAACACAGUCUUACUAUUUAAAGUAAAUCUAAUUAAAGACUAAUGCUUUCUGCCUUCAGAGGUAGAAUUGUAAACAAUUCUGUUCAUAAACUGCAACUAUUUUUCAAUUGUAUACCUGUAGUGUACAACAGUCCGAUUUUUGGACCUGUGAUCGAGAAUCUUUGCAGGCCCCUAAGAACCUCUCAAACCGACGGUACCAACCAUAUUGUAAGCAUAUCUGAAUUAGAAAACCGAUACAACAAGAUGGAAAAAUAUGAAGUGUCACCCACAAGAACCUUAACCAAGCAUAAUUUAAAGUUUGGCAACCUGUUUUCAGAAUAUAAAAGCUCUUUGUCUUCGGCUUCUUAUCAUUGGGCGUCAAUAUGUUUUGUAUAAUAUUGUAAAGAAUAAUGCUGGGGAAGCAGUAAAUUAUUGAUUUUCAAUGGUGUGUAGGAAAAGUAUGCGAACAAUUUCCGAUAUUGCUCGCUAGUAUGUGCAAUAUGCAACAUCUGCCCAUCCCUAGCCUAUAUUACCCCAUAUGCCACUCAGAAAGCAUAAAGAGAGGUAUGUAUAAAUAAAUAUGACUGGUUUAAA